GGCGAAAAGCGCAUGCGCGUACCAUUGACAGCCGGCGGUUGAUGUUGUUCCAGCUGUGUUGUAGACUCAGGGCAUAUGUAGAGCAGAGGCCAACACAUCAGUUUACCUCUACAGACCGCUGACCUGCACCCAGCCGAGGAGGUCAGAGAAACGAACAGAGAGCAAUCACAGUGAUUGAUGACAAAGAGGACUGAUAGGAGAUGUGUGCCGCUAUCUACAUCGUGUCUACAGUGACGGGGUAUGUGCUCACCUCGGCCCUGCUGCUCAAAUGUCCAACUCUUCUGCACCGGAGGAAGAGGGAGAGGUUCCUCAGCAAGCACAUUUCCCAUCGUGGAGGCGCUGGAGAAAACCUGGAGAACACCAUGGCAGCUUUCAAACAUGCUGUGGAUCUCGGCACAGACAUGCUGGAGCUGGACUGCCACCUGACGAAGGAUGAGCAGGUUGUGGUCUCGCAUGAUGGCAACUUGAAGAGGCUUUGUGGCAUCAAUGCUAACAUCAGCGACCUGACAUAUGCUGAACUUCCCCCAUAUCUCUGCAAGCUGGGUGUAACUUUUCAAAGGGAGUGUUUCUGCGAGGGCGGCGAGGACAAACGUAUCCCACUCCUCAGGGAUGUCUUUGAUGCCUUCCCAAACACUCCCGUCAACAUCGACAUCAAGGUCAACAACGACACACUCAUUAAGAAGGUUUCUGAGCUGGUCGUUAAGUACGACAGAGAGGAUCUGACUGUGUGGGGCAACUCCAGGAACCAUAUUGUCAAAAAAUGUUACAAGGAGAAUCCCCAUAUUCCAGUUUUGUUCAGUUUUCCCAGGGUAUUGCACCUUCUCGGGCUCUUCUACACAGGCCUCCUGCCCUUUAUGCCCCUGAAGGAGCAGUUUCUGGAGAUCCCCAUGCCCUCCCUGCUAACCAAACUACAAGAUCCCAGCAGAUUAACGCGGAGUCAGCGGUUGAUCGCCUGGCUUGCAGACACUUUGCUGAUGAGGAAAGCUCUUUUCCAACAUUUAACAGCCAGAGGAAUACAGGUGUACAUUUGGGUGCUGAACGACGAGGAGGAUUUCCAAAGGGCGUUCGACCUGGGAGCCACAGGAGUGAUGACGGAUUUUCCCACCAGGCUCAAAGAGUUCAUGGAUAGGAAUGGCAUUUCUAAACCCCAGUGACCUCCCUGUCUCCACGGUCAUUAUCCUUCAAGCUCGCUGACCUGCCAAACAAACUCCCCACACUCGCCCACUUUUACUGCACGCAUUCCUGCAGACCUACUUCCACAGUGUGUCGCACAAGUAUGAGACUCCGUUGACUCCCCUUGUGUUGGAGAUGUACACUUUUGUAGUUGUAGUAAAAGGAAAAUCCCAAAAAGAUUUUAUUUGAGUUGAUGCCAGUUGGCAGAGUCGUUGAUGUAUAUUCAUCACGUAGCAACGGCCGUGUUAGAGAAUUACGACUGAACCUGGUGUUAAGCAUGUUGGUGGUUACAAAAAGCUACCUGGAAUGGUUGCAUACCUUGAGUGCUGGUUAUGAGGUUUGUACGUUUAGCCCAACAAGUCUCUGAUUAAUUUGACAAAAACCUAACUUUUCUUACAUGAUACCUGGAUUUGGAUAAAACCCUCAUAAAAUGUGUAGGGUGUUUAUGAGCCACUGGACUAUUAAAAAAAAAAAAAAAAACUGAAGCAGUUAUAUCAGCCAGGCUGCCAUAAAACAAGCUUUCAUGAACACAUGGUUCACAUGUAACCAUUUACACAGUCAACAGAUGUUGUAGCACAAACUAUAUAUAUAUGUAUAGAUAUAUAUAUAAACCUAUUUUUAAGCUUCAAAAAUCUAACUUUGCAAGCAGUUGCAUUUUUUAUUUUAAACAUUUAAGUUAAUUUAUUUCAUUAGUUAAAUUUAGUGGAACGCAGAGUGAUGUCUUUGAAGUGUUCGUUUCUGCUCAACCUGAUUGUGCACACGUCGGUCCUCGUCGGAAAAGUUACGUUCACGUACAAAAUAGAACAUGGACUCCUUAGACUACAGCAUCACGGCUGACGAUGGCGUUACUGAAGUGUUGCAGGAGAUCAGUUCUGGCUUUAAAAACGACCGUCGGCUCAUCUGCACGGGGGUCCCUCGUCUUCCUCUUUCCAAGAGGCAAUAACAUUGCCAUUCUGUUCCCCUUGGCUCAAAGGGAACAUUUAUUGUUUCGUUGUUGGAAAAUUUUGGGUUCAAUUCCAGCUUCCUCCCUUGCCAUAUGUUGAUGAAAACCUUUCUUCCCCUAACAUGACUGACGGCUGAAAAAAAUAUUGAAGGGGGGGGGGGAAUCUUGGUUUACGUGAUAAUCGAUGUCUGAGCUAUUUGUAUUACACCUGCAGUAUCAUUUCCCUUUUUGAGUUGUUUUUGUGUGUUUUUCCCCCCUAACAUUAGACAUGCACUGAAAACAGUGUUGGGUGUUGAAGGAAAUCUAGACAGUGGGACAAAAUGACCACUAAAAUAUAUUCUGCUAGUUCUAUCAGAUCUGAAUUUUGAUUUUAUUACGUGAAAAUGUAUUUUCUUACAACUUAUCAUGUGGUUUUACUGUUCAGAUAUUGAACAGUAGGUACAGCGUUGGUUUCUUAGGCUGCAGUAUGUUGAAUCAGGCUAUUGUUUGGCCUUUGCAAUAAAAAAAGCUUGUCGUCAGCUGAAAGAAAAGUUUACAUGCCAGUCAAAAAUGUCCUGCUGGAAGUCCUCAGCUUGAAGGCCCCACUGUUCUGUAGUAAGAGGACACUUGAAAGAGACAAACCCAUUGUUAUUGUUCCCUGUACUGUAAUAGAAGCAGUUUGUUGGUUUUGUUGUAUUCUUUUAGUUUUUUUUUUCUUCCUUACAUCAAGUGAAUAUGUUGCUCAUCUGUGACUUGAGAAAAGAGUUUUGCACAGUUUAUGAAUCUUUUAUCUUCUCUUGCGUCUUUGAAACAGUGAACAUAUUUAAAUCAUAUAUCUUAUUUUAAUCUUUAGAUGAUAUGCCAGCCCAAUAGAGUGAAAUUAUGUUUCCGAUAUUUAACUUCUCUGCUGUUUUUGAAGUUGCAAUGUGUUAAAAACUGCGAGACAAUGAUACCCAGGCACCAAAUACUCCUGCAGUGAUGUUGUAAGGAGGGUGAAAUAGGGUUUCUACACAUAUAUACCAAUGAUAUUUUCUGAUCUAAACAUGUGACCACAUGUUUGUAAUGAAUGUAGUUAUGAUUGAAUGUAUUAUGAGAUGUUUGGUAUUUUGCUGUGGGAACAGAGUUUCUCUUUUUACUGCUUUCAUUGGAUUACUUACAUAGUGUUUCUUGAGUUGCACAGCGAUUUGGUUUUUUUUGUUUUUUUGCUGAACCCGAUCCACUGUUAGUGACAUUAUUGUGCUGUUUUUGGUGUCCUUUUAUUCUUCAUGCUUCAAACAAGCUGCUCUGUUUGAACAGCAUCAGUCUGUGGAACAAGGCACCUUGGAUUUUUCAAGGCCUUGUCCCACAGACUAUAUAGCAUUUCAUUGACUAGAGACAAUAAAAAGUGAAUUUUCAUCCA